AUGGCUUCUCCCAAGCCAGAAGUUGGUGAUAUCCUCCUGGUCAUCCACGACUUUAUCGCUCGCAGCUCCGACGAAUUGAGCCUGACCAAAGGCGAUCGAGUUGAGCUGAUCGAGCGAGAUGAUGAAUUUGGCGAUGGCUGGUUUUUGGGCAAGCACUUGGUGAACGGGAACAGCGGCCUGUUUCCCGAAGUCUACACCAGGCCAGCCCCCAAGACCGCUCCGACAAGCAACUUUUCCAAACCACUGGCGACACUGCCCGAGGUGGCCAAUGAGUCCAAACAAACAAAUAUGGUCGAUGCCGCAGCCCCCGACGACAAGAUUACUGCUCCCGCCGCUCCACCCGCUUCUACGCCGCCACCCGAAUCGCCCGCUCCCGUCACCCUGCCGCUGAACAACAUCAAGCAGGAGACAGCCCCCGCGGCCGAGAAUGCGCCGUCAACGCCGAAUCCCCCGCCUUCAGCCGCCCUGGGCCGUCUUAACACGAACCAGGACUACGUACUGAGCGAGACGCUCAACGUGAUUGACGAGCACAUCACCGAUCUGCGUUCCAUGCCCAGCAACAGUGCACUGCGAGCCCCCCCUACCGAUUCCGGCAGCGAGUACAGCGCCCAGCUCGAUCACCGCAUGUCCUAUAUCCAUGGCGAAGAGACGGACGAAGAGGAGGAGAAUAUACACAGCCGGUCCGAGGUGCAGGCCUGGUCGUCGGACCAGGUUGCCGAAUACCUCUUCACCGUCGGUGUAGAGAAAUCCCACUGCGAGGUCUUCCGAGACCAAGAGAUUACCGGCGAGGUUCUCUUGGGCAUGGACCAGAGCUCCCUCUUCAUCAAAGCCUUCGAGCUUGGCUCUGUCGGCAGGCGACUUAAGACAUGGCAGAAGAUCAAGUCUCUUCAGGACGAAUGUAACCACCCGGGCAUCGCGACCCGAAGGAACACACAGUCGUACGGCAGCGACGCUGGCUCAGAAGAGGCGAGGCGGUCACGCAGCCGGGCCGGCACCCUGACCAGCCACAUGCCAAGGACGAUGACGCCCUCGGACGACAAGGCCAUGUCGUUCUCCAGCAAGCGCCUUUCCUUCUCGCAAACGUCGAGGCUGGACACCUCCGUCGUCUCCCCGGUCUCCCCGAUCACUGACAGCCCGACCCGGCCGUCCCAUGUGAAACGGCCUUCGGCUGCUUCCAUCAGGGAUCUGCACCACUCGCGCAGGCAUUCGUCCUCCACAGACUUCCGUUUGACAGGAGGCCCUGUGAACAGCACAGCGACACCGAAACUGGCUACGAGUGGAACGUUUCCUCAGACGGAUGGCGUACAUAAAAAGCAACCUUCGUUUGACAGAAACUGGACCCUUGGCAGCGCCUCAACGAGGCCCCUUUCUUCUACCGGGCUCCAAGACAUCAUGCACCAGUCCGGCCUACACGCCCCGGAUUCCGCCCUUGACAACGAUCGAGGAUAUUUCAGUGGCACCGACGUCGACGGCCGACGCCGCAACGUGCUUAGAAAGCGCGACAGCACCGCCAGUCACACUAGGAAGAACAGCUACGCCGAGGAGCAAAGAGUACGCAGCGCCACUGCUAUCUCGAGACACUCGAGGCUUGGAAGCGUCGAUUCGAACCGCGACAGUGUUGCCUCGCCGGCGGCACAAAAGUACUACAACAUACAGCCUAGCCCCCAUAGAAGGACCGCGUCGACAAGCACCACUCAGUCUGCGCGGCCAGUGCCACCCGUCAAGGACGUUGGCGCACCCAGCGUCACGAAGCUGGAGGCCAGGGCUCGGGCCUCGCCAGUGCUGGAAACGCCGGCAUCACGACAAGGCAUACAUGCUGACUGGCUUUCCGCUGUUGUGAAGCCCUCUGUCAAGGUCACCGGACUACGAGCAAUUUCAGAUUCGGUAUCGGGAGACCGCAACAAGGUGAUGGCCUCGCCGGUCGACUUGUCCGGCAAGGACUCACCUCUGCCCUCGCCUGCUAGGACCGGGUCGAGUACGCCUUCCGCUGGACCGAGCUUCGAGCUUGACUCGCCUGACACGGCCAAGAGCCCCAGCACCGCAACGACUAUAGCGAGCAAGGGCAGCAGGAAGAAGGGCAAGAAAGAGACCAGUGCCUACCAGCGCGGCCUGCUCAAGAUCAGCCCGGCAGAAGCCAUCAAGGAUGCCGACUACAGCGGAUGGAUGAGAAAGAAGAGCUCUAACCUGAUGACGACCUGGAAACCCCGACUGUUCGUGCUCAAGGGCCGCCGGCUAUCGUACUACUACUCCGAGAAUGACCAGGAGGAGAAGGGUCUCAUAGACAUCUCCUUCCACCGCGUUCUUCCUGCAGACAACGAACAGCUGACUGGUCUCCACGCUAAGCUCACCGGCGCCGGAACGGCCACAGCACGCGACACAGAUCCCUUGGCGGAGAAGGGGGACGACACCAUGUUCAUCUUCAAACUUGUUCCGCCGCGCGCAGGCCUGUCCCGUGCCGUCAACUUUACGAAGCCGACGGUUCACUACUUUGCAGUUCCAAACCUCAAGGCAGGAAGACUGUGGAUGGCAGCCCUCAUGAAGGCCACCAUCGACCGAGAUGAUACCCAGCCGAUAACAACGACGUAUCAGCAAAAGACCAUUUCCCUCGCCAAGGCCAGACAGAUGCGACACCGCCCUCCGGCGCUGAUGAACCUAGAAGAGGCUCAAGAGGAUCAGAGGAGGAGGGCGGAGGAGGCGAAGAAGAACGCAGACUCCCUCGGCAUCACGUUUGGCGAGACCGACAGCGGAGUUUCUGGCAUGGAGAAGCCAAACUUUCCCAAGCUCGAAAGCGCGAACCCCCGGAAGUUGGCUUUUGAAUCGGAGAACGAUGGCGCGGCCGGGGCGCCACAGAGUGCUUAA